GCGCUCGACGACGAGCCCGGAAGCGUCCGACCGGGCAGUGUAGCCCAUGGAGAAAGGUUCCGGGGCACGUUUAGUUCCGGGGGCUCCUCCGCAUGAACCGCGGCCGCCGCCGCCGCCGCCACCAGGGCAUCGGCUGCCACCAUGAUCCCAAUAUCGGUGGUAGUGUGCGUGCUGGGGGGCUGGUGCGCCAUAUACCUGGCGGAUACACUGCUAAAGUCAUCCAACUCUUUGAAGGCAUCAUAUGAAGACUGGCUGCUGACGUAUGGCUUGAGUGUCUCUCCUUUUCACAUGCGGUGGCAAACAGCUCUCUUCAACCGUCAGUUCUACAACUGGGGGAGAUGGAAACCCAGAUUUCUGUAUUUAUGGUUCAGCAUAGGAAUGGUCUUCGGUAUAGUUGCCAUGUUUGGCUCUGUUAUUCUUCUUGCGAAGACACUGAUGCAAACACUGACACAGAUGCUUACAGAGGCACCAAAAGCCCAGAAUGAUCGUAUGCUGCAAGUUGUGGUGCCUGGUGUAAAUUUGCCUGUCAGCCAGUUGACCUAUUUCUUCUCUGCAAUCCUCAUCAGUGGUGUGAUACAUGAAGUCGGCCACGGGGUGGCAGCUAUUCGAGAACAAGUACGAUUUAAUGGAUUUGGGAUUUUUAUCUUCAUUGUCUAUCCUGGAGCAUUUGUUGACCUCUUCACAACCCACUUGCAACUGAUCUCUCCAGUCCAGCAAUUAAGGAUAUUUUGUGCAGGAGUGUGGCAUAAUUUUGUUCUUGGUGUUGCAAGUUUAAUGGUUUUGUUUCUGCUGCCAGCCAUUCUUUUCCCUUUCUAUUAUACGGGUGUUGGGGCACUUGUCACUGAGGUUGCAGAGGAUUCUCCAGCCAAUGGACCAAGAGGUCUUUUUGUGGGAGACCUUGUCACUAACCUACAAGACUGCCCAGUUUAUAAUGUGGAAGACUGGAAUUCCUGUCUGGGAGACAUUUCAGAGAAGUCACAAGUUGGCUACUGUUUAAGUGCAGCCACCUUACAGCAAUUAAGCUUUCCAGCUAGAGUCUAUAGAAGACUCGAUGGCACUGUUGAAUGUUGUAGUAACAACAGCCUCACAGACAUUUGCUUUUCAUAUAGCAAUAACUUGGACAGCCACCUGCAUGCCUGUCUGCCAGCACGAAAAGUUGUUGAGGCCAGCAAAGUUUGUCGAACCAACAUAGACUGCCAGAAGGACUCUGCUCCAAGCUUUUGUGUGACUCCUUCUUUGGAGAACCAAACAAGGCUAAUCAGAGUAAAACAUCCACCCCAUAUUGACACGCUGUAUGUAGGACACCCCAUGCAUCUUCAGUACACAGUAAGUCUCAGCAGUUUUGUACCACGACAAAACUUUCUAAGCAUCGAUCUGCCUGUGGUAAUAGAGACAUUUUGCAAGUACCUAAUUUCACUGUCAGGAGCACUGGCAGUUAUCAAUGCUGUACCGUGCUUUGCUUUGGAUGGUCAGUGGAUAUUAAAUUCAUUCCUGGAAGCCACUCUGAGCUCCCUGAUUGUAGAAAAACAAAACAGAGAGCUUGUUGGCUUUUUAAUUUUGCUUGCUGGUAGUGCACUUUUGGCUGCCAAUGUUGCACUGGGACUUUGGAUGGUGACAGCACGAUAGAACGUUGGAUAUGCUUACAUCAGUUCUCAAAGUACACAGAAAUAAUGAAUCCAUUGCCUUUUCAGACUUGUUCAGUACUGAGAUUGAAAUAAUUCCCUUAAAAUGACACAGAAAGAACAACCACUGGUGGCUGCUAUUUUAAUUUAAAACUGUACAAUGUUGAGCCUGUGAUCAUAGGAAAUCUAAUAAGAAGAAGUAGGAACCUUUUAUAUACUCUUAAAGUGUUGUGCUAAUCUUGGAGAAAUUGUAUUGUAAAGUUUCACAGGAAAAAGCCUAAGACUUCAUUCAUUUAGAUCUGAAGGGAAUUAUUUGGCCUCAAACAUUGUAAAGUGGGACAAAAAGAACCAAUUAUCUUUCAUUUUAUAAUUUGAAUAACUGUCAGAAAAUCUGUGUGGGCUCUGAUAAUUUCUCAGUAAGCAUAUUCUUGAGUGUCUUGUUUUGUUUUUUUUAAUCUGAUAUUCUAUCAAACUGGACUCUAAGAAGCUCUAAAGUCUGAUUGCAAAAUGGUGAAAAGCUAAGUAAAUAUUUACUGUGUGUUCAUGAGGAGAGAGAGGGGCCAUAUGGAUUAGUAUCUUUCCUUUUCAACUGGCCAGAAUGACUGGAAGCGUGUUGUCCUCAGGAUGUAGAGAAGUGACAAUGUAUGCUAAGAAUGAGGAGGUUAACAAAGCCCACGUCUAUGUUUGUUAUACAUUCAGUUGUAUAUUAUCUUAUGCAGCUGAAGAUUUUUUUAAAGGCAAUAUUUGUCAGCAAUAGCUACAAGAUAACUGAAAUUUAGUUUCUGAGUGCUAAAGUAUGCUGUGCACAAUUAUUCCUAAGUGAUAAGAAAUGUUUUUGUUGUUUUAUUCAGAAAAUUAUACUGCAUCAUACCUGUUUACUGUUAAAAGUGAAAUCUCUUGUUUUUAUGGUGUCUAUCUUCUGAUGCUAAGCAUGUAAUAUGUACAGUAACUCGCUGAUGGGUUUCUGUCUUUCAAAGGGUUGUUAAAACUUUGCUAGCAUUCAUUCUCUUCAAAGAUAGCUAACAGAGAUGUUUAGCUGAAGUUGGUCUUGGAUCAGAAUUGUUUAGAGGAACAAUAUGAUUGUGAAUUGAACUAUGUAAACAUUUGGAUUUGCUUUCUGAAAUGAAUACUGACCAUGUCCUUAUUCUUAAAUGAACAGUGGAAGAACAGUCAGUGUUUUGCUGACUGAAGUAUGUCUGACAUACUUCGAAGCUCCUGAAGUCUGUAAUAUUUUAUACCGAAUAGGGUUAUCUAUUGGCUGUCCUGCCCUCCUGUGAUAUAUUGCCUAGUCUGUAUAAAUGGUGUUAUAUCAGAGCCUUGCUUCAAUAUAGGCUGAUAUUUUUUUUUUAAAAAAAAAAAAAAAGAUCUGCUUUGGGAGCCUAAAUAUUUGAAUAGGAAAAUUUUGAAAAACACCCUGCAACUUCUGACUCGUAUACUGCUCCCCAUAGGAGCUGCUGCAGCCCAGAGUUCCUUUACAGAAAUGGCCCUUCCGUCGGAAAUGAAAGUGGAAGCCAAGCUCAUGGAUAGUGGCCUGCAUGCAGUACUAAAGCAUUCAUGACUGGCUAACAUAGAUUCUCUUGGCUCUAGUGGCAAAAUCUGGGUAAUUUUAAAAGCAGGGUUAAACCCAGUUCCUGGUGCUGCUGCACAGGUUCAUUAACUCUGAUGUCUCCAUUUCUCACUGAUGUGUUACUGUAUUUUUACACCAUAGCCUUCACUUCAGAUGUAUACUUUUUUAAGACUGCGCAAGCAUUAAUGAGAGAGCAUGUUUGUUUAUUUGUUGCUAUGUUAGUUUCCUUAGCUCUCCAGCACUGUCACAGGCUGGGUGGGCCGCUUGAAGUUCACCUCUGUGAAGUGGCUGCUCCGUGUCUUUCAUUCUGAAUCAUUUCAACCCAGGCAUGUCAGCACAGAUCCCAGUAAGAGAGAGUAAAUCUUCCAGCAUGAGCCCAUCCCUUUGAGGAUUGUUAAAAGUCACACAGAGUGCAAGAAAGAAAAACAAACAAACUGCCAGCAGGUUUCUCUUUCUUCCAGAGUUACCCUGGGAGUCAAACUCAUCAUCACUCCUGGAAACACAUGGAGUUUUCGGGGUUGCAGUUCUGAUGGAGAACUCUGCCAUCUCUGACAACAGGAGGCAUAGGAGCAGGCUUGUUCUUGCAGAAAGCCUGGAUCUGAAUCUGCGCUGUAGAAGCCUGCUCACUCACCUAAGUGGCUGCUUACUGAUCUGAAAUUGUCUUUUCAGUGGCUUAAUGCCACUUCCAUCUGUCUCUGUGAUUUGUCCAGUCUACAGUGCACAAAAUUAAUUUACACUUAGGAGUUUUAAUGAAAUUUAGUAACACGGGAUAUUCUCAGAACAGCUACUCAUUACGUAUCAGAGUUACAGUGCUGUCUUACUGUCGAAAACAAUGCAUCUGUGGUGAUGUCAAUAAUGUUCUGUGAAAAACAUUUCAAGUUUGAUACUUCCUGUACUCAUGUUGACAGCAACUGCUUAAGACUAUCUUGUAGCAUAGCACUGCUCCUGGAGAUGUAGGCAAGAGAUUUAAAAACACAAAGUUUCUGAAUUAACAUACAUGAGCUACAUCUGCUAUAAUGAGGCUGGGAGGUUGUUCCUGGGUAUUUAAUGUGCCACCAAAACAUGAAGUUUUAUCAAAGGAAACUAAAUCCAGUUUAUUUUACUUAUAUAAUCAGUGAAAGCUACAGUUCUACUAAGUCAAACUUCAGUCUGUGUUUGACCUCAUAAUCAAAAAUAAGGUGGAGACGACAUUGGUCAUGGUUUUAGCAAAACAGACACGCUAGUACACUUUAAAGACCCUGGUUUUCUUUUACAGCAGAGAUGUUCUAGAAGCAUGAAAAUAAUUCAUGGGUUCAUUUCUGCGUGUGCUGGAAUUUUGCUCAAUAAGGGUCAGUUUAAGUAUGUAUGUGUGCUUUGAAUCAAGACUUUUAAGCAAACUGGGUAUGAACGGUGACCCAGCACAUCUUAGAUUACCCGUGUGUCAUGGUUUAGCCCCAACCCAGCUUGACUGGCAGCUAAAUGUGAGCAGGUGUGAUCCCACGUCCUCACGCUCUUAGGGAAAGGGGUAGGAGAAAAGAGAGAAAAGGACUUGUGAGUUGGAAACUAAAACUAAAAUAGCUUUAAUGAGACAGUACUAAGGAAAAUACUAUUAACAAGAAAAUAAUAAAAUGCAUACAAAUAUACAAAAAUCUGCCCCCCUUCAAUGACUGUGUCACCACAGAUGCCGCAAGAGCAGGCACAGGCAAAAGGUCCCAGGCUGGACUCAGCAGCAGGAGGGAGCUAGACUCAGGAACUGGAUUCAGGAACACACACAUCCAGGAUCAGGGGAAAAAAAACCCAAACAACAUCCUCACUGGAUGCCAGCCAUCAAAGAAGGGAGUUUGACUCUCUUCAUCCCUCAGUUUUAGUAUCCUGAGUAUGAUGUAUAUGGGAUGGAAUACUCUGUUGGUCAGUUCGGGGUCACCUGUCCUGUCUGCCUCUCCCUGCGAGUAUGAUGCUUUUUUGCCCCUUUCACUUCUAGCAUUCCACUAGCUUGAGGAUGGUGUUGGUUUCUAUAGGAAUAAGUAUAAGGAACGGCAUUUCUGCAUACCAAUUCCCCGUGUUACCACUCCUAGAGAGAAACUAUGUCUGGAAAACAUGCAGUUAACUUUCAAAAAAAAUGAAGUUACUUAGAUGAGGCUUAGCUGAAAAGUUAGAAAACCGAUUCUACUGUAGCUCAAACCUGAACACUGUGGACAAAGGCAAUGCUUAAGUCAAACAGCUCUGUAGAAAAGCUUGUUCAGUGGAUCCAUUUCAUUCUCCCAUAAUCUUAACAUAUGGAUUACAUUCUAAUAAGCAAGAGCCAUACAUGCAGUUAUUGGGAGGGCUUUUGCUGGGGUUUUGCUCGUUUGCUGAGCAAAAGAGAACACAGAAGAACACAAUGUUUUUUGUGUUGGAUUUUUAUUGUGGAGAACUUGUGAUUUUUUUUUUCUGUUUCUGUUUUUGAAAAAAAAUGAAAGGAAGCCUUUCCUUAAAAAGAAAUAAUGUCAAUUUCUUAUUCUAAUUAGCCUCUCAGAAUAUAAUGUAUUCUUUAAUAUAUAGACUCCAUCAAAAUAAUUCUAGGGCCUGUUGGUGGGAGUAUAAAACACUUCAAGAUUGGAUGACUACUACUCUUUCUGUAUAUAAUAUGUAUUUUAAAUCUGUAUCAGAUGGAAAAAUUAAUGUCUAACAUUGGAAAGUGUUACAUGUGGCUUUUACUUGAAAAUUGCUAGAAGAACAUAAUUACAGUCAUUUUUUAUGCUUUUUUUUAUAUCAGCAAACACUUCUGUAGCAUGUUCUGAUAAUGCAUUAUAUGACAUGAAAACAACUAACUUCUUAGCAUGUGGGAAGUUAUACACUCUUUGCUAACUUAGGAAAUUAAAACCAGCCUGCUUCCAUACAGAUUAAAUGAAAGAGACUUCACUAGAAAAAUACAGACAAACUUGCAGAUUAGUCAGCUCAAAUUUAUGAGCCACAGUGGAAAAUCUGUUAACUCAUUCUUUUUAUUUAGAAUGAAACAAGCAGCUGCAUUGACAGUUCUGUUUUUCAGUGAUGAUGGUUCUGCGUUCGUGUAUGUGUGUGUAAACAUGCACACGUAUAUAAAGUAGAUGUAUAUACAGCUACAGUUGUAUUUCUGCUUUUUUAGAGAUAACUUACAGCAGUCCUCCAUGCUCUGCAGAGUGGGCUUUUUAUUUUUCUUUCUCUGUGGAUUCCAUGGCUUUUUCUAGUUUUUAAAAUUGCAAGUAUGUUUUUCUCCCAUAACUGAGCUAACCUUUUUGUUAAUAGAAGACAAGCAGUGGACACAAUGUAAUAACAGCUGCAUGUGUUUUGUUCUGCUGAUUUUAAAAUAUGUUUCUUGCUUUCUGUGAGGCCUCAACUACAAGCAUAGUAAAUGCAGAUUCUCAGGGCAACUGAAAAGAGGUCAGCCUUAGAAUCUCUCACUCUCUAAAUGCAGCUAUUUGUGCUGUCUGAAUGGUAACUGGGAUGAGUGAGGCUGUGUAGAGUAUACUGAAAAAAAUAAUAUUUUCAGGACAGACCUUCCUAUGACAGUCAGGAUGUUGUGGCUUUCUUGAAAUAAGGAUAUAUUUUUGUUUAGUUCAUGCACAAUCCAAAUUUUCUAAUAGUUUCCUAUGCAUUUUACAAGAUGGCAAAGUGUGAUCUAGAGCUAAUAAGCUUUAAAUAAAUUCUGUCUCUCUUCUGUCUGCAAGAUUUGAAUUUGUAUCUCGCUAUCAUUUAUGACAGAUGAAGAAGGAUUGUAAAGGUUUAUGUAACCUAGUCUGUAUUUAAUUAUUUUUAAAAGGUGUGAGUUGAACUCUAGUUAUGUGUAAGAUAUACAUCUAUAUUCUAUACACGUGCUUUCAAAUAGUUUCCCAUAAGUAGUCUUGCCUCGGCUUUGUUCUUGUGACCUUGUGAGUAAGAAAUCUGAAUCUAACUCAGGUAAGAUCCAAUAUUAGCAGUUAUUUUUUACUCUCUUUAUCCUGACUUUCAUGUAACAUUAGAUUAGUUAUUUAAUGUGGCUGAGUUAUCUGGGGUACAUAUCAUGUAUUAAUGCAGCAUUUGGGAUGACUGCCAGAAAACGGCAGCUCUGUGACUCUUCUUCCUUGGACUCAUCCACUGCGAUCAUCUGAAGAGCAGAUGGCAGCAACUAAGGGCAGUGAAGAACCUCAGUUUGUGGCAGCUUUAUGAAACCUUCCCACUGCUGACCCAGUGUGAAAGGAUAGGAACAAAGAGCAGGAUAUGACAGUGCAAUUCCAUUCAUUCCAUUUACAUUGGCAUGAAACGUGAAAAGAACUUGUAGUUAACGUUUCAGAGCAUGCAGAUACGUUUUCCAGGCCUUGUCUGAAUCCAUCAGUGACUGGUGAUCACGCUUCCCCCCCGACACACACUUUUGUCACUCCAUGGAUAAGUAUGUGCUGAAUAAGCGGUAUGGGUAGUUGCAGCUUAUGUAGUAAAAUGAACCUGGAUAUUUCUCACUUCUAGAUGUUCAUCUUGGGUUGUUUUUUGCAGCAUCAUAGUGUACUUGACCUUCCCUUGAUACUAUUACAGUUUAAAAGUUUGGAGGCUACUUCCAAGCCAUCACUAGAGAAACCUAGCUUCUUCCUUCCCAAGUCGUGUCUUAACAUUUUAAAUACCUCUUUUCCUUAUGUAACUUUGCUUUUAGAUUUCAUAUGCCCGGAUAAUCUUAUCUGAAGCCUGUCAAUGGAAUAUGUAUUGUUUUGAAAUUCAGUGGUUUUUUUCCUCUACAUAGCCUUAUUUUUCACACUGACUCACAGCUGUGGAAUGUUAGAUUUCUAGACCCUUUGUUCCCACUAUGCAUUGUUCACGAUCAUGUUUAAAAAACAACAACAAGAAAAGCGUCAUUUUGAAAAUGUCAGCGAAGAAAUAUAUGGAACACUUUGAAUAAUGUAUUGUGGUUUUGUUUUGCUUUUUUUUCUCUAUUUAAUCAACCAAACAAUAAGUAUUGUUUUCUAUGUAUGAUAAAUGUAUCCUGCAAAUAAAUUCAUUGUUUGAUUGUUAGCAUGCUUAUAUCUGUUUUUAAAAAUAAGGUGUGACAUAAUUCCUUAUAUAUGUCAAUUACCAUAUUCUCUCAUAUAUCAUACUCUUCAUAUACAAUUUUUAUUCACUCUACAACAAGGUAUCACGAGGUACCACUAUCCUUUGCAGUAUCUGACCACCUCCUAACAUUAGCAGUAACUAUCACUUUACUUUCCCUUAAUUACCUAACAGCUUAUCACAGUAAUAGUUUGAGUUGUAGCAGAAGUACAUCCAGAAAGACACCUACAUAUUGUUCUGGAGCAUCUUAAUUUAAUGUGACCAAGGCACAUAGUGACAGCCUUAUAGGAGAAAAUCCCUUUCUCUUGACUCAGCUCCCUGUGUAAUUCUUCUCUUCUGGAGACAUGGACUUCUUGUUUUGUAGUGAAAUAUCUGACAGAGGAUGCCAUAGUCAAGGUGAGCAAAACCACCUCUCUGGGCGUUAAGGCCAGUUUUAUGUGAAGAACUUAAAAGUGAGAUCGUCAAAUGACAUUAAGGUGAUGUUAUGUUUUAAAGUCUUUGAUCUGCCCAGGUGAGAGCUGGGCAGAUAUCCUGGCUAGUUCUGAACAAAUUUACUUAGGUAUCCAGAUGACGUCUGGGUCUGCAUUAGUAUGGUGUAACCAGAUUAUUCAGUUUUAUUUGAGAAUGAAUCUUUACUGCUCUGUUUUUUGAGCUAGCUCAUCUGGAGUUAGCCAGGUUACUUGUACUGAGAACUAAGUAGUCAUUUAUUAGUUAUUAGACAAGGUGUUGCCUCAUACAAGCAGAGCUGUUUCACUAAGCACGGCUUUGUUCCCAGAUGAAAGAUUGCCAUGAGAAACGUGCACAAAGCACAGAUCGGACACAGUGGUAGGAUUUCCCAGAUAGGUCACUAUGCAAUUUUCUGAUACUUGCAUGUGAUGGCUUUUUUUUUUUUUCUGGUCUUUUUCUUACCUAUGUUAAAAGUGGAGACAAUAGUUUAUAUUUUUCUCUGCAGUGUUUAAGCUUCUAGGAGGGUCCUGAGGUUUUCUGGUUGAUUAUGAAAACAUUAUCCUAUAUUCUGAUUAUGUAUGUUCUGUAAUCUAGAGUAAAAUCAGUCUUGAGGAAUGUUGCCUUUAUCACUAAUAUAAUUUGAGGAUAAGAUUUAAAAUAAGUAUUGUCUAUGAACCUUAUGCUGUUAACUUUAUAUAGAGGCUUAAUACAAUCUUCCUCUGAUAAUACCAGUUUGAAUCACCAAGCAUAAGCAUUCCUAAAUAUCUUUAGUAGAUCUACAUGCAUUGAACUCACUUACCUAAAUAGUUUUUAAGAUUUUUAUGAGCUUUUGAUGUGAACUACCCAAUGACCUACAAUUUAAGAUUUGAUUCUAAUCUUAUGGUGGUAAGCUGGGAGAAUCCUCAGCAUUCAUGAGGUCUAAGCAGCAGUGACUCAGACUUCUACUAACUUUUUUCCCCCUUUUAUUACCUCAGUCAGAUGUGGGUUUGGUGUUUACUUUGAUGCUUUUAAGGUUCCAGUUGUUGAAAUAAAUUUGGAUGUUCUUGCCAAUUAUGUAUCUUAUUAUCUACAUUUCUGAUUCAUUCUACUUCUUUUUAGUUCUUUGCAAAUACGGUAGUGGCUGAAUACUAUGUAACCACCACUUACGAGUCUUGAAAACACAGAGUCAUACAUCAUACAUCAUUUUUUAUUUCCCCUGAAAGAAAUCUUUCAAGGAAAAAUUAAAUACAUUUCUCGCUUUCUUUUUUUUGUUUUUGUUUUUGUUAAAUGUCAUCGUUUUUGCUUGCUAUUGUAUUAUGAAAGUCUCUGUAUCUUUUCCCUUCACAGCUUUGUGAGGAUCUCUAUUAAAAUACUACCAGGUAUAUUUUUGAAGUGUAAAUUCCUCUAAACCUACUGAAUUUGGUUCAGUUACCCACACAGGCAUCUGGUGUGGUCUGAGAUAUCCGAAGGUGUUCUUAGGUUAAUAACCUGACUUUGAACAACGUUUUGAAACUCAUUCCCAGCUUGUCUCCUGUUGGUUUCGAUCUCGAGGUUUCUAAGACCUAUGCAUGGGGCUGGCAGAUGUGGGAGAUCAAAGACAUUCUGGACCAGCAGCUGGGUACUGGGAGGGGUACCUGAGGGCAUUUUUAUCAUGCCGGAUGCUUCUGUGUGGGCAACAAAUCAAGCCAGAAUGACUUCUUUUCUUUCCUUGCAUUUCUUUUCUUUUUGACUCCUGAAUUAAAGUGGAACGUGAAGCUUUUUGAGUGAGUUUUAUUUGACGUAAAAAUACAUCUAAGCUUUUCUGUUUAUGCAUAAUAGUGCUAUACAGGCUGUUUUAUGACAAAUUUGACUAGCAGAAUACAUGCAUUGUCCCCCCGCUCUGGACCUUCAGUCUGGAAGCAUCAGAAAUUAGUAUCGCAGCCUUAUCUACAGCAAGAAAAAGGAAGGCUUGUUUUAUAAGGAAAAUACCAUCUGUCUCCAGAUGUGCAGUGAUGGUAGCAGCAGUGUACAGACUUACAGGAAGCGAUGAAGAGGCACCAGGUGGAGACAAGGCUGCACGAGGGGGCUAUGAUCAUUUUGGCCAACUGCCACAAUUGACUUUCUUUUCUCCCUUGCUGGAGAAAAGAAGUGGUGAGACUUACUUACAGUUUGGAAUGGGAUCAAAUCAGGGAAGGAGUGUGAUAGAGAGAUGGUUUGUUCAUUUUACAGAAUCUUACAGUCAGAAAGAGAGCAUGUUAUACUUCAUGAGUGGAGAUGUAAGUGCUGUUUAGUAACUCCACGAUAAGUAUUUUUACUACUUUUUUUUUUUUUCUUGAAGCAUUUAUAGAGCUGACCUGCAACUAAAACUAAAAAACCUCCAUCACUGGUAGAAACAUCCCAUGUUGUAAGAUUGGAGAGGCAAUAAAAGCCUGUCCUUCUAGACAGCAGCUCAGGGCAUUUAGACCUCAGAGCCAUAUCCCUCCCCCUGUUUAAGGAUCAGGCCCAAUCUUUCUUUCGGUUAUGCUGGAUGUGGAGUCAGAACAUUUCUCCUGUUUCCACAUUCCCUCUUCAGCAGAAGUUGACCUCACAGAUGCAAUUAUUAAGAAAAAUGAAUCCAUUUUUUAUAAUGUUUUGCCCGUUGGCUUUGUUUUCAUUCCUGCAGCUAUUUGAAUAACGAGCAGAAACUGGGCCAAACCACCUGUAUCUCUAUCAUCACUGCAAAAAUCAACAAAGCCAGAUUAUGAAUGUGCACUUUAAACCACAAAUUCCUGGGUACUUGCCACCAGUUAUAUCAACAAACAUUUUUUUCCCCCACUGCGACCAUUUAUUGCUCUGAAUUAGUUAAUUGAAUUUAUUCCCUGGAAAUGCUCUAAAAGGCAUUUGCAAAGCUCAACAUGCUGCAGUGCUGAAGGAAAAAAUGGGCAAAAUACCCUCAUUUAGUAUGCUGUCUACAACUAGAUAAAAUUCACUGUUUCAGUACUGGACUGGUGCAGAUAAGUUAUUAGUCAUAUAUGAAAGCCCUGGUUAUUUUUCCAGCAUUUAUCUUCACAGUUACUGUUAGGGAGAACACUUCAGUAGUUAACCUAAAUGGCCUCUGCAUACCACUUUAGCUGCAACUAAAUGUAACUGAACCAGUAGUUAAAAUAUUCCUGAAGUAGUCAUGAAAACAUUAGCAUAUGAUCAAGCAGUAUUUUUUCAUAAACAUGAAGAAACCUAUUGCUCACAUAAGACUUUACCGAGAACUGAGUAUUGUUUUUAACUCUUUAUUUUUUAUCUUGGCAUGAAAAUACCAAAAGCAAUUCUGAAUAAAACUUCUCAGUUUUCACUUACAGGGUUAUUUAGAGGGUCUCACUUUUAGCAUAUGCAAAACACGGUGUAAAAAUUAAACAAAGUGAUGUUAUAUUUGAUACUAAAUGUGAUAAAUCACUCUGUUCUCAUAUGUGUAAUUCUCCAGUUCGUUUCCCAUGCUCUGCACUAAGUCAAAUGCAAACACAAUGAGUUUAUUUUUAUGAGCUUUCAUAGCUGUACAAUAUACCUGAAGACAUUAAGGUUGCACCCAAACCCAGAACUGAGGUUUGGUGAACUUAGUUCAUCAUAGUAACAAGGAAAAAAAAUCUAGAUACAGAAUGUAGCUGAGUAAUAAGUCAUGAAACUAAAGUUGUUAUACUUUGAUGUAAUAUAGCAAAGAGAAUCCAGAAAGUUAAUGGUCAUUCAAGACUGGGGAGGCAGGGGUUAAAUAUUAUUAAUUACAAAUAAAUUAGUAAAUAACUUGAAAAAAUGUCUCUUAAAUGAAGGCCCUCUUCUAGAUCAAAACGGUGCUUUGAAAUGCAAAAUAAACUUUUCUUCUGCCAUGGGUUUGUGUAUUACACAGAUGCUAAUUCGAUAAGCACUUGGCUAACUUCUGCUGACCUGAAUUAUCAUCAGUUUAGAUAAAAAUAAUGAUUGUAGUAGUCUUAGAAAGCUGUGAAACAUAUAGACUGUACCUGCAGUGAAGGAAACUGAAAUGGCAUUGUCAGAUUCAUAACUGAGGGCUUGCAGUGAAGAAGAGUGUUUCAGCAGCUACAUAUGAACCCAGGAUAUGAGACGACACAGCGGGACAGAUUGCCUGCGGUGCUACACCUUCCCUGUGUGACCUGCAGCACUCUGUUAGGGCUAGACUCUGAAAGCAACCUUUAGUCUUAAGGAGGCACUUGGGCCAGUGGAGCUCAUUAAGCCCUGCAAUUAGGAUCUUGCUUACCCUGAGGUCAAUAGGCCUCCAGAACUAGCUCAGAUUUUCACUUGAAAUAGCCCUGAAGUCGUCUUCUGCACAUGCCCCACCCUGCCACAGCAGAAGCGCUCACACAUGAUGUUCAGCCCGGGACGGGGCAAUGAGGCAUGCCUUCCUCUCACCCAAGAGAUUCAGUCAAGCAUUUGGUCUCACUGUGGAAGUUUUGAAACAAGCACCUCCAAAAAUACAGCAGAGAUUACUUCUGUCUUUGAAAAUGCUUUGAGCAUGGGUGGGAGCAGGAUAUGGCAGAUGGGAAACAUUGUGGACACAGUCCAAUGUAUAUUUAAUGAACCACUGUCCAGACUGUUUACAUAAUACUGUAGGUGAAUUUGAGGUCUCUGCCAGGAACUGCUUAUAAUGUCCAGGACAGAGCCACGAUGUUUCCAGGAAUGUUUUAAAUUGUGUCUUUUGGUUGUUGGGGGUUUUUUAAUCUUUGCUGUGUUUGUUCUGGAGCAUAAGGAGUUUGGUAUCCUGAGCCAGUAAUAUCAUGCAGCAGUCUGUAUGGGGAUGUCUCCUCAACAGAUAUGUACAAACCAAGUAAAAAUGAGGUGUUUUCCUAUUGGAGAGGAAUGUUAAAGAGAUACUGCAAAUUUUAAGCAUUGGGGAAGAAACAACUAUUAUUUUAAACAAUAGAAGAGCUUUAAUAUU